AUGUCGUCCACGCAGGCGCUCAAUCAAGAGAUCCGCGAAUCCAAGCGAGAGUUGCAGCAAAUCGAGGAGCAGAUCAUGACUUUGAGGUCACGGAAGAGACAGUUGGACACAAAGAUCGCGUCGCUUGAGACACAACUCCAGAGUCACAGCGAAACUGAUUACCAGAAGUUUGCCACCGAUUCGUACGACUGGUCCCAAAAGGUUCACAAGUUAUUGGAGACAGUGUUCGGCCACAAGAAGUUCCGGUCGUAUCAACUGAUGGCCAUCAACGCCACGCUCAGCGCCACGGAUUGCCUUCUGGUGAUGCCUACCGGUGGCGGCAAAUCCCUGUGCUUUCAACUGCCGGCGCUCGUCAACAACGGACUCACUCUCGUGGUAUCGCCGCUGAUAUCACUGAUGGAGGAUCAGGUGAAUGGCCUCAAAGAGCUACGCAUACCUACGGCUGUCGUCAGCGGUCAGACCACUCGCGAGGAAAACAAUCGCGUGCUUCAGGCGAUAGCGGAUCCCAGCAGUGAUCUGAAGAUAGUGUACGUAACGCCCGAAAAGAUGGCGAAAUCCAAGCGAUUUAUGUCUCAAUUGGAGAAAUGCUAUCGAAAUGGACGACUCGAUCGUGUGGUGAUCGACGAGGUCCACUGUUGCAGCCAAUGGGGGCACGACUUCCGCACAGACUAUCAGUUCUUAGGCGUACUGAAGACACAGUUCUCGAAGGCGCCGAUC